AUGUCGACCGCCGCAACCAGCGCCACGCUCUCGCACAUGCCUCCCCUCGCUCCCGCAACUCUCCCAGUCCCGACUGCUCCCACAUCCAUGAGCAGCCCCACCGCAGCUACCACGCCUGCGACGGCGGCAAAGCUUCAAUCACCGCAUGACCCACCCGAGCUCUGUUGGCCUUGGAAUGGGCAGGCCACCGUGCUCGGCUUCCUCCGCGAUACCGUCCUCGUCUGCAUAUUGCUGGCUGCCGGGCGUGCGAUGUUCGGAUUAACUCUUGACACGUUGCGCCCGAUGGUGGAGGACUUCUCCGGACUAUGGCGCGAGGUGGCUGCGUACUGGUUUGACAGACUCCCGCGCAACGACCCGGGUGCAGGUUUUCCGCUCUUGUCAGCUGUCGCGACGUCGGGCACUGGUAUCCUUUGUCUGCUCUUUCUUGUGCUCAUUUUUUCCAUCGCCACGGGAAUUUUUGCCGUCGCAUUCGGUCUUGUCACUCUUCUUCAUAUGCUCUUCGCCGUUGCCCUGGGCGUCCACUACCUCACCUACGUAUUGGAGACAAACAAGGUCGUCUCCUCUGAUCCUACCCCACCUGCCAGCCACACGCGCCUGCGCGCCCUCUGGGUUACUCCCAUCAUUCCGCUUACGAUCCGCAUCCUCCUCGCCCUCCUCCCCGUCCGCUUCGACUCCAAGUCCUGCGCCGUCAUCUACACAGCGUCAACGGGUGCGUACCUCGUGUGGUGGGCUGGACGCCAGACGGGCGCGGUCAAGCUGCAGGUCAAGGAGGCUGAGGGCCAGGGCAAAAACGAGUGA